UUCGUCCGUCGCUUGCAAUGGCUGCCCUACCAAUAUCAAGGAUGCUUCAAAAAAGUCUUGUUUAAUGAAUUGAAAAUGUUGCACCAUGUGAAUUUUAUUCCUGCAGUCACUAAAAUAUUCAAAAGAAAAACAGACACUUAGGAAGAUGAGUAUGGGUUAUUAAAGAAAGCUGCCCCUUCUCACUAUAUGAUAUAGUAAAUUCAGACCAGAUCUUAUCCUAUGCUACCAAAUUUCAGAGGAGAAUGGUGCUGGUUAAGGCAGUUCCUCUAGUUUUGUUCUCAUGGUUUCUCUUGGCUCAUCAUGCUUCGGCACAAAGAUCAACUUAUAUUGUCCAUAUGGACAAGUCUUCCAUGCCCAAGGCCUUUUCCGGUGGCCACCAUUGGUACUCUAGUAUCUUGGGAUCCAUCAAAUCGGUCGGUCUCAAGUCAUCGGAUGGGGACCAGCCCGGUCCGAAGCUGGUCCAUAGCUAUGACAAUGCGUUUCAUGGAUUCAGUGCAGUGAUGUCGAAGGAUGAGCUUGAAUCCUUGAGGAAAUCACCCGGUCUCCUCUCGGCUCAUGUUGACCGGCCCGUCACACCUGACACCACUCAUACAUACAAAUUUCUUGGGCUGAACACUGCCUCCGGAAUAUGGCCAGCAUCUCAAUAUGGGAAAGAUGUGAUUAUUGGUGUCGUUGACUCUGGUAUCUGGCCGGAAAGUCCAAGCUUCAGGGAUGAAGGAAUGACUGAAGUUCCAGCAAGGUGGAGGGGGGCUUGUGUGGUGGGCCAAGAUUUCAAUUCAUCAUUGUGUAAUAAGAAAAUUAUUGGAGCUAGAUGGUUCAAUCAGGGGGUUCUAGCAGCCAAUCCUGAUGGUACAAUUAGUAUGAACUCCACAAGAGAUACCUAUGGUCAUGGCACACACGUCGCUUCCAUUGCGGCUGGGAAUUAUGUCAAGGAUGUUUCCUUCUUUGGCUAUGCUCCAGGGACAGCAAGAGGGGUAGCUCCUCAUGCUAGGCUGGCCAUAUACAAAGUCCUUUGGGAUGAAGGAGGCUACGAGUCUGAUGCACUUGCAGGUAUUGAUCAGGCGGUUGCUGAUGGCGUUGAUGUCUUAUCGAUCUCUUUAAGUUACCAAACAAUUGAUUUGUAUGAGAAUCCUAUUGCAAUUGCUGCAUUUGGUGCAAUGGAGAAAGGCAUCCUUGUUUCUGUUUCGGCAGGAAAUCGUGGUCCAAAUUUUGGAACUUUACUCGAGGGAAUCCCUUGGGCAGUGAUAGCAGCAUCAGGAACAGUUGAUCGCUGGUUUGCUGGGAUCUUGAUGCUGGGGAACGGUUUGACUAUCACGGGCUGGACCAUGUUUCCUGCAAGGGCAACAAUCAGAAACUUGCCUCUCUAUUACAAUAAGACCUUAUCAGCUUGCAGUUCAGCUGAACUAUUGGCAGAAGCUCCCUCUGCUAUCAUCAUUUGCAUCCAAUCUUUUGAUACUGCAGAAUUCUCUGAUCAAAUCAGCUAUGUUUCUCAAUCAAAUGCCCUGGCAGCUAUUUUUAUUUCUGAAGAUACUAGUAUAAUUCGAUCCACAUCUUUUCCUUAUCCUGGUGUUGUAAUUACCCCCAAAGAAGGAAAACGUGUGAUCAGGUAUGCCUCAAAUAGCUCCGAACCAACAGCAAGCAUCAACUUCCAGCAGACAAUCCUGGGGAAGGAGCCAAGACCUGCUCCAGCUGUAUCUGAAUCGUCAUCAAGGGGUCCAGCACGAAGCUAUCCAGGCAUUUUGAAGCCCGACAUAAUGGCACCUGGUGUAUUAAUAUUAGCCGCCUAUAAUCCAUACACGAGUGUAGCAAAUAUCGGUUCCAACAUACAAUUGUCUAGUGACUACAAUCUAGAGUCAGGCACAUCAAUGGCUUGUCCACAUAUCUCUGGAGUUGCUGCACUCCUGAAAGCUGCGCAUCCUGAGUGGAGUCCUGCUGCUAUUCGGUCAGCCAUGAUGACCACUGCAAAUCCAAUCGAUAACACUCAGAAACCCAUCAAAGACAUGGGGCAUCGUUAUGACAUUGCCACACCGUUGGACAUGGGAGCAGGACAAGUUGAUCCAAAUCGUGCACUUGAUCCAGGACUUAUAUAUGAUGUCACUGCUCAAGACUAUGUAAAUCUGGUAUGUGCCCUGAAUUAUACUCGUGAACAAACUCAAUCUAUCAUAAGAUCAACCUACAACUGCUCGAGCCCAUCCACUGAUCUUAAUUACCCAGCAUUCGUUGCACUAUAUGACCCACUACAAGAAAGAACUACUCUAACCCAGAAAUUCCAAAGAACUGUCACAAACGUUGGGAACGGUGCUGCUACAUACAAAGUAAAGGUGAAAAGGCCAAAGGAUUCUGUGAUCACAGUAUCCCCAGAGAAAUUAGUCUUUCAGAAGAAAAAUGAGAAGCAAAGAUUCUCUUUAACCAUACGCUAUAAGAGUUACGAUGAGUAUGUCAUCAAUCAUGGAUCGAUCACUUGGGUGGAAGAGAAUGGCAAGCACAACGUGAGGAGUCCUAUUGUGGUGACCCCGCCAGAGCCCUCAUAAUUCCUUCAGCAAUCAAUGGCUCCAUCAAAUCAUUGCUUGAGAUUUUACUGCAUGUAAUUCACCAAACUUUGUCAAAUCUAUUGAAGCUUUUUCUCUAAUAAAUCUGCCACAAGAACACAAAAAA